GUAAGGUAUUGGCGGAAUGUGCGGUGGAGUUGGGUGCGACGGAUUACAACUGGGAACCGAACGCUCCGUGCACGACGGACGAAGGCCUGGUGUGCAACGCUGACGGAACAGUCAACACUAUUGACUUGUCUAGUACUGGUCUGGAAGGAAGCAUCUGCUCCGUUAUAGGCAACCUCACUACGCUAGUUACACUCGAUCUGAGCUACAACUCGUUGUCAGGCCCCAUCCCUGCCAGCAUAGGGCAGCUUCCCCUGCUGCAGAGGCUCGAUCUGAGCUACAACUCGUUGUCAGGCCCCAUCCCUGCCAGCCUAGGGCAGCUUCCCCUGCUGCAGACACUCGACCUCUCAUACAACGACCUAGACGGUGCCUUGCCUUCCACCAUCACCUCCUUAUCCAACCUUAAAGUCCUCGACCUCUCAUCCAACUUCAUUGAGGGUGCUUUGCCUCCCACCAUCGGCUACUUAUCCCGCCUUCAAGUCCUCGAUUUGCUUCACAACCAGAUGAAUGGAACGUUACCCCCAUCUCUGAGUGCGCUCACGAAUAUGCAGAUUCUUGACCUUGGGAACAAUACCUUCUCUGGAAGCUUCCCCACUGGCGUGUCAAAACUAACUCAGCUCUCGUUCCUGUCGCUCUUUUACAACAAGUUUGAAGGAUCGGUUCCCUCGUCCAUCUCUCGCCUCUCAAAGCUUCAAGCAUUCAAUUUGGGUGGAAACGUCAACUUUGAGGGAGAAAUCCUUCCAACAGUAGCAACCCUCAGCAGCUUGGCUGUUGUCGACCUUGCUUACAACAGGUUCUCUGGCUCCAUCCCUACCGAGUUUGGCAGGCUUACCAAUCUGCAAACUUGUAUCUUUCUAUACAACCAGUUCACGGGGAGCAUUCCAGAAACCCUCUCCAAGCUGAAAAAACUCAGUCACAUGGACUUCGCCCAAAACAUCUUCCGAGGCACCAUCCCUUCAUUCUUCGCCACCCUGACCAAACUCGACAUGCUGCACUUUGACAAUAACCAGUUUUCCGGAGAAAUUCCCUCCCAGUUGGGAAGCCUCACAAAUCUCACAUACCUGGGUUUCGCCACCAAUGCUCUCUCGGGCCUCGUUCCACCCACCCUCGGGAAUCUCCUCCGCCUCACGGAGCU